UUCCGCCCUUACUCGCGGCUGCGAACAUGGCGAGCUAGCAAAGCGGCUAGCUGAAAGUCGUUGUGUUUGUCACUCAAUCAUGGGGGCAUUUAGCUUCUGUUUUAUGGCUUAAGUACACUAUCGCCUGUGACCCUCGAUAACUCAUUUGUACUUGCAAGGUGGUGGGCGCCUUACGGUUUUCCUCUUUAUAAGGUAAAAGGAACACAUCGUCACCAUGGGGAGACGUUCAACCUCCUCCACCAAGAGUGGGAAGUUCAUGAACCCCACAGAUCAGGCCAGAAAAGAAGCCAGGAAAAGGGAGUUGAAAAAGAAUAAAAAGCAGAGAAUGAUGGUGCGAGCCGCAGUUCUGAAGAUGAAAGACCCCAGGCAGAUCAUCCGAGAUAUGGAGAAAUUGGAUGAAAUGGAGUUCAACCCGGUCCAGCAGCCCUUGUUGAAUGAGAAGGUGCUGAGGGAUAAGAGGAAGAAACUACGGGAGACGUUUGAACGCAUUGUUCGUCUGUACGAGAGAGAGAAUCCGGAAACCUACAAGGAUCUGCGCAAACUUGAAUUGGAAUAUGAGACAAAACGGGGCCAGCUGGCGCUCUAUUUCGAUUCGGUCAAGAAUGCGGAAUCUGUCGAGGUCGAUAGUAUUCCUUUGCCAGAUAUGCCUCACGCACCCUCAAAUAUCCACAUCCAGGACAUCCCUCUACCAGGAGCUCAGCCUCCUUCCAUACUGAAGAAAGGCUCCGUUUUUGGGAGAGGACCUCUACCUGUCCCGUAUUUGGCAGCAUUACCACCUGUCCCACGGUUACCUCCAGGGAAGAAACCUCCUGGACCACCGCCUGGUCCCCCACCACCGCAAGUCUUGGCACUGUAUGGUAUUCCUUCACGACGGCCCUGGGGCACAGAAAUGGAACCUUCAAUUCCUGGUUUGGACAAGACGGCAACGGAGUUCGGAAGAGAUCAGGACAGCGGCAGCGAGAGCGACCGAGACCGAGACGAGCUGGAUGAGGACGACAGCGACUCUGAGGAGGACAGUGAUGAAGAGCGGGAUGAAGACGGUGACCCAAAGAGAGGAGGUGAAAGAGAUGAGGACAGAGGUGAAAGGCAGGCUGGCCGCAGCGUACGUUUCGCAGACAUGCCCUCAGACGCAGGCGGUGAUGGAAAGAAAAAGAAAAAGAGGUUGGUGAAGAAGACAAAGGCCAUUACACCUCUGCAGGCCAUGAUGUUAAGGAUGGCAGGUCAGUCCAUUCCUGACGAUGAGGAGGAAGAAGAGGUCGAGGAAGAGUACACAGACGACUCGGACGGUUCAGACGUCGAAGACAAGGGGCCACCAGGGGACCAGUCUCUCGGUCAGCGUCUCCCAGCCGCAAGCGGCCCGGCUGGACAGCAGGGUCCCCCGCCCUUGCAAGGUCCACCGAUGACUGGGCCUCCACCGAUGGGUCCUCCACCGGCUCCACCGAUGAGGCCUCCGGGUCCGCCUUCCGGUCCACCUCCUGGUCCUCCGCCAGGAGCUCCUCCGUUCUUGAGGCCUCCAGUUUUACCUGGCAUGCGAGGUCCAAUACCUCGUCUUCUACCCCCUGGACCUCCACCAGGCCGUCCCCCUGGUCCACCACCCGGUCCCCCUCCUGGCCUUCCACCAGGCCCCCCACCACGUGGACCCCCACCCAGACUCCCACCCCCAGGACCUCCUGGUAUCCCUCCACCACCCCCAAGAGCAGGAGGGCCCGCCCGUCCCAUGGGGCCCCCUCAUGCCCUCUUUCCCCCACCUCUCAGCAACAACGUUCUUAGCGCUCCUCCCAGCAUUGUCCAACGGCAAAAAGGCCCCGGAUCCGGCCAAGAUGGCUCCCAGAGCAGCAUGCCGCCUCCUUCCAUGUCCAUGCGCUCCAGCGUCAUGCAAAUGCCGCCUCCACCAGGGACCGCCGCUGCUAGUCACCUCCACGCCGCCACCAUUGAAAAAAGAGCAAACAUCACUUCAGUCUCCGGCGCGGGGGCCACCAUCUCCGCCAAACCACAAAUCAUCAAUCCCAAAGCGGAGGUCACGAGGUUCGUGCCCACCGCGUUGAGAGUGCGAAGGGACAAGAGCGGCGCCAUGCCGGGGCCGGCGGUUGGCCCGCUGGAGAAAGGUGGCGGCGGAGGGAGGAGGGGAGAUGACGGCAUGGGAAGCCACGGGUUGAAACAGCACUCGGCUGCCGCCAUGGGCAUGUCUCACCCAGCUCAAAUUGGCGCUGCGCCUCAGCCCAGUAUGAAGACCAAGGACCAGGUGUAUGAAGCCUUUAUGAGGGAGAUGGAGGGGCUCCUCUGAGAACUGAAACUACGUUUUUGUCAAUUUUGGUAGUAUUGUCCAAUGCCUUCCUAGAUCCAUUUGUCUUUAGGACACCAGAAAAGCUAAAAUGGGCUCAACAAUUUGUUUUCAUUUAAUCUGGAAUAUACUAUACUCUAGUAGAACAAAUUGAAUCUGUCCAAUAUAUAAAUAUUAUAUUGUCUGAGACAUUGGUUGAGUUUUUUUCUCAAUACUUUUUUCACCCAUUGUAUUUGUUGAGUAUGAUUUGUCCGAUAGAAAUGAAAAAACUCAUGUUUUUUUUAAGCUUUGUCCGUUUGAUCUGCAUCAUAAUAAACAUGUCAAGACCUCA